AUGUCCGCGACUAAUGUAACGAAAACAGUAAACGUUAGUAAAUCAGGCAUACUCUCUAGAACUCACAGAUGCAUAGUCGUGAAUAGAAAGCAAUUACCACCGAUCACUUCUAAAAAGCGAACUUUGAUUUCUACUUUGAAAAAGAAUAGUUCGAUCGCUAAUGACAAAAAGAGACUACCACCAAUCUGUGAUAAAUAUCCAAAGAAAAAAGUAUCAUUCAAUGAACAACCUGCUUCGUCUGCAAGACUUCCUACAGAUACUCAACGAACAUCAACUUCAUUCAAAAGUACCGAUAAAACAACCUCAGAUAAAGAGUAUUCAACUACACAAUCGCAAGUGCACUUUCUUCAUCCAUUUAUACUCGUUUGGUUAUGUUCGAAUGAUAUGAAAUCCAUUGUAGACUAUGAACAGUCGAUAAGUAAGCUUCAACAAGCUUUUCAUACAACAAUUAAUCUAUUUAGAAAUUAUCAAGAAUGCAUGAAUUUUCUUCAUAUGAAAACAGAUGAAACGAUUUAUUUGAUUUUAUCGAAUGAUAUAGAUAAAUUAACAAUUAUUGAUAUUCAUAAUUUAUCUCAAAUUGAUGCUAUCUUCAUAUUUUGCAAAAUUAUGCCAAAAGAUAAACAAUGGAUAAAAGAUUGGACAAAGAUAAAAGGUAUUUUUAAAAAUAUCGAUAAACUUUAUGAAAAAGUCAAACAAGAGACUCAAAAGCGUCGUUGUGAGUCUUUUUCAAUUAGUAUUACUAGUAUAGAUUUAAAUCGUCUUGAUUCAUCUUUUAUGUAUACAAAAUUAUUGAAAGAAGUACUUUUUGAUAUGGAAGAUGAUAAUAAAGCAAAAAAAGAAUUAAUUCAAUUUUGUCGAAUAAAUAAUAUGAAUAACUUCGGUAGAAUGAAAAUCAUAGAUGAAUUAGAACAAAAUUAUGAUAUCUAUUCACCCAUCUGGUGGUACACUCGUGGUUGUUUUCUUUAUGAUAUGAUUAAUCAAUCAUUACGAUUAAAAGAGAUUAAUGUUAUUAUACAAAUAAGAUUUCUUAUACGAGAACUACAUAAACAAAUAGUACAAUUAUACAAACAACCGUCUGAAAAAUUGAUCUUGUAUCGAGGUCAAGGAAUGUUGUACUCAGAUUUUGAGCAGUUACGUUCGCAACAAGGUGGUCUGUAUUCAUUUCAUCAAUUCUUAUCGACAACCACCAAUAGAGAUGUAGCUCUUACAUAUGCUCGAAGUAAUCGAGAUAAUCCUGAAUUGAUAAGUAUUAUUUUUCAUAUAAAUAUUGAUCCUGACUCUCUUACAAGUGCAUUAUUUGCUUCGUUGAGUGCAGAAAGCUACUAUAAAACAGAAGAUGAAUGCUUAUUUACCAUGCAUAGUAUAUUUCGAGUUGGUGAAAUAAAUCAACUCGAACAUCAGUUAUGGCAAGUAGAACUCUCAAUGACAACUGAUGAAGACAUGGAUCUAAAGAAACUUGCUGACAACAUUCGAGAAGCAACAAAAGGAUCAACAGGAUGGAAUCGAAUAGGUAAACUGUUAUUGAAUAUGGGAAAUUUUGAUGAAGCCAGCGAAGUCUUCGAAAUACUUAUUAAGAAUUCAUCCGAAAAUGAUUUGGAAGAACGUGCCCAUCUUUAUCAUCUAAUGGGAUCAGUCAAGCAAAAUAAAGAUGAUCAUGAAGAAGCACUUAUUUUAUUCGAAGAAGCAUUGAAAAUCUAUCAAUCAUUGCCCAGUUCGAAUCAUUUAAAUAUUACUAGACUUUACAAUGAUAUUGGCUCUGAAUAUCUUCAUAAACAAGAAUAUUCACAAGCAUUGAAAUUUCAUCAAAUGGCAUUUGAUAUACAAAUAAAAUCUAAUCCAUUAAGUCACUCAGAUUUAAUAACUACGUAUGGCAACUUUGGUGAGGUACAUAAACAUAUGAGACAUUAUUCAGAAUCAAUAAAAUUCUAUGAAAAAAAAUUAAGUAUUUAUAAAAAGUCUAUUCCUUUUAAUUAUUUAAAUUUGUCGAUAACCUACGAAAAUAUUGCUGAAAUGCGUUACAACAUGAAAGAAUACAGCAUGGCAUUGAAACUUUUUCGAAAAGUAUUAAAAAUUCAACAGCAUCGUCUUCGUUUAGAUAGAUCAACAAUAGCUGAUACACAUAAAAAUAUUGCUAAAGUACAUCAAAAAAUAGAACAUUAUACAGAAGCAAUUCUACAUUAUCAAUAUGCGCACGGCAUCUUCAGAAAAUCUUUUCCGGUAAACUUUUUAGAAUUGGCUAUGAUUUGUAACGAAAUCGCAGAAAUCUAUAAGAAAAUGGGAAAUACUCUUAAAGCAUUCGACUUCUAUAAAGAAGCGUUAAGAAACUUGGAGAGAUCUCCUAAUCCGAAAGGAGCCAUAUUGUCAACUAUACAUAACAAUAUUGGUCAAAUGUAUGAAAGAAUAGGUAAUUACACAAAUGCUUUCUACUCUUAUAGACAGGCUAUUGUCAUUGAAAAACAAUUAUUACUUCCAAAUCAUUCUCGACUACAAUCAUAUAAAACAGAUUUUAAUCGAAUUCAAUGA